CUACGACUAACAAUUAUUAGUUUUCAACACUAGCUUAGAGUGAGUGGAGUAGUUGUAGUUAGGGUUACAAAUUCCCCGCCUUUUUUCCCCUCACUCUUCAAUGGGCAUCAAAGAAGACAACCAUAACCAGGAAACCCUAACAGUUCCAAAACCCAGUCCUACUCCCAGUCCCAUAGAUAAUGUCUCACAAACCAGUUCCUCCCACCCUCAUCAAAACCCUAACGACACUUCGCCAAAGAAGCCGCUCAGCCCUAAAGAUUUCAUCAUCUCAGUUGCCGCCAAUUACGCCUCCCAGCCUCUCCAAAAUUACGACCCAAAUGUCUGGGCCGUACUCACUGCAAUUUCUAACAAUGCCCGUAAACGCCACCAAGGUAUGAAUAUGCUUUUGACUGUGGAUGAACAUUGCAUUGGCCGUCUAGUAGAAGAUACGCGUUUCCAGAUUGAAUCAAAUGCAGUUAGUGCAAACCACUGUAAGAUUUAUAGGAAGAGGGUUGCUACUGAAGAUGUAGAACAUUUAUGUAAUGGUUACGUAACUGUCUUCUUGAAAGAUACUAGCACAAAUGGAACUUAUCUCAACUGGAACCGGUUGAAGAAAAAUAUCUCCGAAGUCAAGGUCCAUCAUGGAGAUAUUAUAUCAUUUGCUGCCCCUCCACAUCAUGAACUUGCAUUUGCAUUUGUAUAUCGAGAAGUCAUUAGGUCCUCUGCCUUGAUGGUUGGUGCCAUUCCAAAAAGAAAAGCAGAGGAAUAUGUUUCUGAAAAUAAGAGACUUAAAGGUAUCGGAAUCGGUUCUCCUGAUGGUCCUCUAUCUCUUGACGAUUUUCGAAGUCUUCAGCGAUCAAACACGGAGUUAAGGAAGCAAUUGGAAAGUCAGGUCCUUGAAAUCGAUACAUUGCGCAAUGAGAACCGCUCACUUAGUGAGCAUCAUGAAAAUGAAAUGAAGGAAAUGAAAGAUUUGGUUGCCAAAUCAUACCUUGAUCAACUCAAAGAGUUGCAACAUGUGUUAGACAUUAAGCAGAAAGAGCUGGUGGAUGUCAGUAGAAUAUCAGCUGAACAGAAACAUGCUAUAGAAGACCUUAAUGAAAGACUUAGUGCUUCCAUGCAAUCAUGCGCUGAAGCAAAUGAAAUAAUGAAGAGUCAGAAGUUAUCUAUAGCUGAACUCAAGGAGCAACUAGAUCAAGAACGAGAUCAGAGAAGAGUAGAACGAGAGAAGUCUGAAGCUGAUUUAAAAGCAGCAGUGCAGAAAGUUCAGUCAGAGGCUAAAGAAGAGUUAAAACGACUCCAAGAUGCCACUUCAAGACGAGAAACAGAGCAUCAAGAAGUAAUUAACAAGCUUCAAAUAGUAGAGAAACAAAGCUCUUCGCAAGUUGAAAGUUUGAAGCUCAAAUUGGAUGAGACUAGGGAAAAAUUGGUUAUCUCUGAUAAUAAAAUCCGCCAGCUGGAAACUCAAGUUUGUGAAGAACAACUGGCCUCAGCAAGUGGAAAAAAAGUAAUCAUGGCAAGAGUGGAAGAACUUGAGCAUGAAAUUAAACGGUUGAGCAAAGAGCUUGAGAGCGAAAAGCAGGCGGCACGAGAAGAAGCUUGGGCUAAAGUUUCUACUCUUGAACUUGAGAUAAAUGGUGCAAUGCGUGAUCUUGAUUUUGAGAGACGGAGACUAAAAGCUGCAAGGGAAAGAAUUAUGCUUCGGGAAACUCAGUUAAGGGCAUUUUAUUCCACAACUGCAGAGAUUCAAGUUUUGUUCGCCAAGCAGCAGGAACAACUAAAGGCUAUGCAGAGGACUCUGGAAGAUGAGGAAAAUUAUGAGAAUACCUCAGUUGAUAUUGACCUCAAUGGAACUAACGUCAACAUUAAUGGAGCUAUAGUCAGAGAAAAAGAACCAACUAUGAAGGCUGGUUCUGCUACUUCAGCCCAGAGGUUUGAUAGAAUUCAGAUUGUUACUUCUAGUGAUGAAGCAAGUGCUACUGAGAAGCACGACUGUGACAUCAGAAGUCAGGAAGAAGGCCAAAAUACUCAAGAGGCAGAAUUCACAAGUGCAAACCGCACUUGUAAGGGUGGCUUUGGUUCUGAUAUUGAUGGUGUUGGCACAGCACCUAUUUUGGAGGGAGAUACCAUUGGAACUGAGCAAGUUCUUGAAACUGAAAGCCCUGGAAUUGAUGGUGCACGAAACAUUGAUUUGGACAAAUCUGGAACUUUAGCUGGGGAUACAAUGCAGAUUGAUGAUGAAGCCCAUAUGCAUGAAAGUGAUGAGCGGAUUCGCCAAAUUUGUCGGGAAACUUUUCAAGACUCCCAAAAUAAUCCUCCUGAGAAUCAAAAAGCGCUCGAGGAUACAGAACCUGGAGGAACCAUCAGAACAGCAGACCUUCUAACUUCUGAAGUAGCUGGGAGCUGGCUUUGCAGCACUGCUCCUUCAGUGCUUGGUGACAAUGAAUCUCCUAGAAGUGGUGAUAAUGAAUCUCCUAGAAGUAGAGACAAUGAUGAGGAAGGUGCCCUAGGUCUACAUGAUUCCAGUGCUCCAGUGGCAGAAAGUCAAUGUGUGCCAAUUUCAAAGGCUGCUCCUACCAGAUUGAAUCGUGAAUGUCAAAAAUUAAGUGAGAUGAUUGGAAUAGUUGCUCCUCAAUUGAAGGAGCAGUUUAGUGGUGCUAUGGAUGAUGAUUUGGAUCAAGGGAGAAGAAAACAAGGUUCCACUUCCAGCUCAGAUACCGAAGGCUGUGCUGACAGUGAUGAUAAUAAUGAUAGAGUGGAUGGUAAAGGUGGAUCCACUUUGGGUGCAGAAACCGAAGGCAGUGAUCAAGCUAAUGAGGGUCAAAAUGAUGAUGAUGCUACCCAGGACGGUUCUCUUGGAUAGCAGGCAUGUUGUUUUAUUUAUUUAUUUAUUUAAUCAUUUUCAUGGAUGGAUUUAGAGAAAGGGUACUGCAGUUGUAUAUUUUCUUCAUCUGUUUGUUUAUUAUUCUGUAUCCUCUUAUUAGGAUUAAUGUACAUGUGGGAUUUCUUGCCUGCGCUUGCCUUAAGCAAUAACAGUUUCUGCAUGCUGACUCCCAAGGUAGUGCUUAAAUUGGUGAUUGGUUUUUAACUCCAGAUUUUUCCGGAAGUUGUUACUAUUAGUGAAUACUUGUAACAUAAAAAGUAACACCAUGAAUAUAAAAUAUGAUAUUUGUUGACAAUAGUUGUUAGUUUACUGUAGGCUUGUAAGUUAGUAUCAUCUUAUACUGACUGAUUUUCUGCGAAGAGUUAUUCAUUUUAACUUGCUAUUUUGGCCGCUCAUUUCAUAUAAUAAUAAUUUU